AACUGGCAAAGACCACAAGUUCCAUGGGCGAACAGACACCUCCUCUUCCGAUGACUCUUGCGAAGGACUACUACACUCGACCGUUGCUUCUGUUUGGCUCAACAUGGAUGAAAUCCAUUGCCAGGAUGCAGAUCCUCGUCGUUGGAUUGCGUGGGGUGGGGGUGGACAUUGGUAAGAAGUGUGCACUGUACACUUCUUAUGCUGUUGCAACUUAUUCCUUAUGGCCAACUUGUCAGUGCGCACUCUGCUAAGCCAUAGCCUCAAGUCUAUUACAAUCCACGACGACGACUGUGUCCGAGACGACGAUAUUGCAUCGCAUCCUGCAUACAUGCGAGUGGAUGUUGGUAAGAAGAAAGCCACUGUGAUCAAGGAACGACUGGCCGGCACGAGCCCCCCCUCCACUGUCCUCUUGUCGCUGUCUGGAACACUCACGUCAGAUUUGCUGCUGAAUUAUCACGCAGUUGUGUUUUCAAGCGGACCGCUAUCCCGGGAAGAAAUCAUUGGGUUGAGUGAAUUCUGCCAUGCGCAGAGCCCUCCCAUUGGUGUCGUGGUGGCCGAGAGCCGAGGAUUGCUCGGGUCAGUAUUCGUCGACUUCGGUAGCCCCCACACCGCGACGGAAGAUGAGAGCUUCGAGUUUACUGUCGUUCAAAUGAACGUCGCUGGAGGCUCUGUGGUCGUGCAAGAGCAAUGCAUCCACCUGCUGGUACAACAAGGCGACUUGGUCGAGUUUGCCUUUUGCCAUGCUGGUGGCGACAGUGCCGACCUGACGUGGCUCCAUCGCCGGCAGUUUCCCGUCGUUCAAGUGGCGCCCCCGUCCGGAUUAGUCGUGAAUUUCGGUGUGUCGCCGUUGUUUGUGUUUGAUUUGACCCAGCACACCCGCCUCAAACUCAAGAAAAUACGUGGCACGCGGACCAUCCAGCACAAAUCGUAUCGGGAAAACAUCGUCGCACCUCAACUUGUCGCGUGCCCGUACUACAUCUCGUCCAAAGACAACGAGCGCAACAUACAUUUGCAUUCGAUUUUGCAUGGGCUGUACAGCUACCGCCAACGCCACGGCUUCUUCCCCCAAGUUAACAACGCGCACCAUGCCCAAGAAGUUGUCAACUUGACCAAGGACUUCGUCGCAAAUACUGCUGCCGCCGCCGCGUUCGGGCGUACUGUCGUGUCCGUCCAAGUGGUGCCGGAUGCCCUAACCCUUGAAGUGGCACGUACGGCGUCCGCUGAGUUUGCCCCUCUGAGUGCGUUGGUGGCAGGAAUGGCCUGUCGAGAACUGCUGAAAUUUUGCGGAUUUGGAUGUCCUGUGUCGCAGCUUGUGUACUGGGAUUUGCUGGACUUGCUGCCAAAGGACAUCAAGAAGGAGCGCCAGUUCCAACACGACGCCGCAGGAUCCGUGGGUGAAGCACACGUGUUGGCUUUGUUUGGUCGUGCAGCGGUCGAGCGACUUCGCGAUGCGCGGGUUGUCGUGAUCGGAUGUGGUUCCGUGGGCUGCCAAGUGGUGCAGAAUUUCACUCAAAUGGGGGUGGCCAAGGGCGUGGUCGUCGAUGGCGCCCGUGUCAAGCGACAAGAUUUGGCCACGCAGAGUGCCUAUUGUGAGGCCGACGUAGGUCUCAACAAAGCGCAUGCUGUUCAGACGCAUUAUCCAACAUGGACUUCCGUCCCCGUGCAUCUUCAACAAAGCCAUCACGUGCAUUUCAACCAUUCGUUUUGGCAACCCACGGACGUUGUCGUGAGCACCGUCGACUCCGAUCACACCACAUUGCACUUGGACGACGAGUGUUUUACGUACGAAAAGCCAUGGGUAUUGGGCCAUUCGCACGGCCACCACACGUUUACCCAAACGUUUGUCCCACAUAUCACGGAGCGAUGGGUGGAAACAAAACUGCUCAACACAUCCUCCCCGUCGUCGUCGUCGUCGCCGCUGUUCCUGCUAGACCGCGUCACAGCCCUCCGCGCGUCGAUUUCCCCGCCGCUCAAGUCGCUCCCCCAUGGUGUGGACCAAACCGACUCGUCCGCGUUUGAAAUCCAUCACAUGGUGCAGUGGGCGCGCACAGUUUUCGACGACGCAUUCCAUCAGAGCCUCGUGUGUCUUCGUGCGACCUGGACCGACCGCAUCGGGUCCUCUCGAGGCAAGCGGCGCGACCCCGCCUUCAUCCGCAUGGCCAGCGAAGCGUACAGUCGAUGCCAAGCGCUGACGUCCGUCGCCGCGUGCGUCGACAUGGCACGGUGGUUCUUGGAGGUACUUGCGUUGAAAAUGUGAUUUCAUAUGUGACACCGUUUGGUCUCUCGGUAACCAGACUGCACUUGCC